AUGCUGUGGCCAAUCUACCUACACCCACUACACCUAAAUGGGGCCCUAGUACAUGACACGCGACGCCCACGCUAUUUGACUGAUGAACAGAGGGCACAACUUGGGGAUCAUCCCGAGUUGGAAGAGGCCCGGCGCAGUCUAGACAAGAUCCGUGCCCAAUACGAGAAGACUCAGCAACCUAAUCUUAAUGAAGAGCAAGCAUUUCUGGAUAUCGAGGCGCAGCUGUCUGGUACAGUGGUCCAGCCCGCGCUGUAA